UGAGAGGUAUAAGGAACUCGGAUCGGGCCCAGAUACGCUCAGUACACCUUUCGUUAAGCCGGCUCGUCUUCAAAGUGGCUGGCCCACAUAUCGCUAUUACUUAGUUGUACUCGAGGCGAGUUAUCGUUCGCGUCGACUGGCUCAGCUUUCCAUCGAAACGCGUUCGAUCGUACAAGUCAUCGAUACGAAUUUUCGUCUUCAACAGUUUUCUUUCGUUCACUGGUGUUCGUUGAGUCUUCGAUAAUUUGUGAGAGGCCCAAGGUUAAAAUCCAAUGACGGUUGCCAUAGAAAGGCUGGGUAAAGACUGUGAUUGCAGGGCGACACGAAAUGAGUCCAGUAGAAAUUAGAUCUAUUCGAAUCCGGCUUGGAAAAACCUGGAACGGUGUGAACUUGUGCCAGUUUUCGUUCCAACACUCUCAAACCUGAUUUCUUUGUCUCUGAGGGAGUCGUCUUACGUCUGCCGCUACUUAUACAGUCUCAAAACACAGAUAGAAAUAUAAAUAAACAUAUGUAAAAUACGUAUUUGUGACGUACACGUUUACUACGCAAGUAACAGAGACCGUAUCGAGACCAAAGCUAAAGCCCAAGAGGGAGGGGACAGAGAGGAGGAAGAAAGUAAGCGAUCUUAAGGAGCUUCCAGAAAGUAGGUGAAAAAGAAUACAUCUUUGUAAACGUCACCGUUGGAGAGGUCGUCCGAAGAGAGGGGCGCAAUUAAGGAUCAUUCCGUGCUUUCCAAAGAUACAGAAAGAGAACACCAGAAGACGAACGCGCGAAAAUGAGCACAAUAAGUGGCGUUCAGUGCACGUCCGUGAAGGACUUCUACAGAGAUAGGUCCAUAUUCAUUACCGGUGGUACCGGUUUCAUGGGCAAAGUUCUUGUCGAGAAAUUGCUCAGAUCUUGUCCCGGCAUAAAGAACAUCUACCUGCUGAUGAGACCUAAAAGGGGUCAGGACGUCAAGCAGAGGUUGCGGGAGUUAUUGAAUGGACCGCUGUUCGAGAAAUUACGACAAGACGCUCCGCACGAGUUAUCGAAAGUGAUACCCAUAGCUGGAGACGUGACCGAGCAGGAAUUGGGCAUCUCGGAGGCCGAUCAAAACACGCUGAUCCGAGAUGUGUCCGUCGUUUUCCAUUCCGCCGCCACCGUCAAAUUCGACGAAGCCCUCAAGCUGUCCGUGACCAUUAACAUGGUCGGCACUAAACAGUUGUUAAACUUGUGCCAUAGGAUGCACAAUUUAGAGGCCCUGAUCCAUGUCUCCACGGCAUAUUGUAAUUGCGAUCGCAAAGACGUCGCCGAGGAGAUCUAUCCGCUGUCCGCGGAACCGGAACACGUGAUCGCUUUGACAAAAGUGAUGGAUGCGAAAAUGGUCGACGAUAUAACGCCGACGUUAAUCGGCAACCGGCCGAACACGUACACAUUCACCAAAGCCUUGACCGAAAGGCUCCUACAAUCGGAGUCCGGUUAUUUGCCAGUCGCCAUCGUCAGACCAUCCAUCGUGCUUUCGUCGCACAAGGAACCGGUGGCCGGAUGGGUGGAUAAUUGGAACGGGCCAACUGGAAUAAUCGCCGCUGCUGGCAAAGGUUUUUUCAGAUCCAUGCUGUGCCACGAAGACAAAAUAGCGGACCUGGUGCCGGUGGACAUAGUGAUCAACCUAAUGAUCUGCGCGGCGUGGAGGACGGCGACGAAUCGCACGAAGACGAUCCCCGUGUACAACUGCUGCACGGGUCAGCAGAACCCGAUCACCUGGAAGAAGUUCGUCGACCUCGUGUUCAAGUACAGCCGGAUUCACCCGCCGAAGGACGUCAUCUGGUACCCAGGUGGCCGAUGCCACAAUUCCGUCAUCAUCAACAAAAUGUGCAUACUCUUCCAGCACCUGAUACCGGCGCACAUUUUAGACUUUUUCCUUCGUAUAAAGGGCAAACCGACCAUCAUGGUCGUUAUACAGUCGAAACUCCAUAAGGCUGCCACGUGCCUGGAGUAUUUUAGUACGAAACAGUGGAACUUCCGGGACGACAACGUACGGCACUUGGCCGAGCAACUCAGUCCCGAAGACCGACAGACGUUCAUGUUCGACGUCAAACAAAUUGACUGGCCAUCGUAUUUAGAACAUUACAUAUUGGGAAUACGACACUUCGUCCUGAAGGAGAGUCCGGACACACUGCCAGCCGCUCGUUCACACAUUAGAAAGUUAUAUUGGCUUCACAAAGCUGUACAGUUUGGAAUGCUAGUGGUAGUGCUUAGAUUUUUGUUAUCGCGCAGUUCCGUGACUCGAGCCGCGUGCUAUUCACUGCUGACUAUCGUGUUACGCAUGUGCCGUAUGAUUGUUUGACGGCUGAGAACACCAGCCGAGGAUCGCGACAAGCGUUAUACGAAGCACCAACAGCUAAUUGUAAAGAAGCAUAAUUUAAUGGUGCGGACUGUACUUCGACUUCAUUGCUGGCCGUCUCCCGACGAUAGAUCGCUACGUUCAAACAUCCCAUUGGUUGGCCUUUUCGAUGUUUCUAUUUGUUCAUAACUAAAUUAGCGUUCGCUAGUGGUAUUCCAAUUCUGCGGGAAGGGUGUCGGUGUUUAUUGAAAACGAAAACAGGUCAAUGAAAGCUCGUGAAUAACGAAACUCGAUAGAAAGAAAAAUAUGAGACAGAAAGGAGGAAUAGAAAAAGGAGAAACAACGUAUAUUCGAAGCUUUCCAAGUUACAUUUGUUAUAUUCCCAAGAGUUAACCAAACGAAUAUAAUCCCUUUGGGUAAAAGAAAAAAAACACGUGUCGUCUUCUUGUUCAAUAGUAGUCAACGGAAAAAAAAUGAAAUUGCGGUGUAAAGAAGGUUUACGCGUUCACGAUCGUAAGUUGAUCGUGGAUAAAUAUUUUCCAUUAGUUAUAUUGUAAUCGUGUGUUUCUUAAUGUCGCCUCAAAAAGCGAAAAAGAGUGAAACGUAGGCGUUUCGUUCAAGGGCAUCGAUUUUUCGCAUAUUGUCGAUUUGUAAUGACGUGACGCGUAGGACUAUUAUUCGAUCGACGGUAGUCGAUGGAAGUAACCCGGAUCUGGACUUCCUUUGGCGAUACACUUUGUCACCUCAGCGUGUUAUUUUUCACGGUAAUAAUUAUGGUGUGUAUCGCUGUUCGAGAACCGUACGAUGCGUGAACUCCGUUCAGCCGGCAGCUCGAAUACCGAUCGAACCUAUUAAUUUGCGAUUCGAUCGGUGCUUUUCGUUCAAUACGUUCGUUUAAGUUCAACAUUUUUUACAAUUGUUUUUAGCUCGGACGGAAAAUGAAAAUAGCGAACGAGAAAUAGAUAACUACAUAUUUUACAGAUGACUCAAGUGAGCGAUUUUAGUUGUUCUAAACGUAUUUUUACAUUUAUUGAUGAUAUUUCCCGCUGUGUUCAAUAUGCAUCGUUUGCUGGAUGCCUCGAGUGAAUUUGAAAAUUGUACCGCGUAUAUUUUGUUGCCAAGGGAACCCGUGUAAUUUAUUUCGUAAAAAGAAAGAAAAUUUUUGAGAAGACGGGAAAAAGAGGGGAAACAGGUUAUUAAGUUAAUCGUAGAAAAUAAAUCGUUCCCGCGUAGAUCAUUAUUGUACGAAUAUUGUAUUUUACAACAUUGCCAAACGAUUUUAAACACAACCGCUGAAUUCCUUCCUUUUUCAUAAUUUUUACAAUGUUUAGGAGUAAUAAAUUCCAUUGCGCGGGGUCGUUUAAUCCUUUCUGAUCAGGGUUUCUUUUAGCUACCUGCCCGCUACCAGAGCGAGCUUUUUCACGAUUUAAACGUAACGCGAUAAACUAUACACAUAGUACGUAGAACUAGAAACCCAAAGGGUUAAACGUCUGUCUGGCAUCGAAUCCCUUCAAGUCUUCGAUUUCGUUUACAAUGUUAUAACACAAUUUUUUACGUUCAACGCACAUGUAUUAUACAUUUUUAUGUCACGGUAAUGUUUCGGAAAACUUAGAGAUGUGACGAAUUUCGAAAUGCGUUUUCCGUCACGUUAUUGUAUAAUUAAAUUUCCGUUAUUUGUAAAAAAGAAAGCGUAUAGACUGAUGAUGGUUGCUUGGAAAAAUUCAAUGCCGGCUAGAGGAGUUACAAAUCUGUCGUGCCUUUGUGGUCGUCGCUCUCCGGUAUUUCGUUUAUUCGUUUGUACCGGGAUUGUGAGACACACAGACGGUAAUUUAUUAAUCAACGUCUUAUCGGCGAAGCACGGUCGACACGUUCGCACUCGGUUUCACCAUCAACGAAUCAAAAAGCUUCUUUCCUCGAACAAUCGUAUGGCCAGUUCGUUUGAUCUUGUGUAAUUAGAGAAUUCUUUGUAUAAAAAGAUAAUCGUUCGCGAAGGGUUAAUUAUAAUUAUUAUUUAUUUGGAUAAUGUGCAAAGAGAGGGUGGGUUGGUUUAUGGAGAAAUGUGCCUGUUGUAAUUUUGUUGAAUAUAUUUAUAUUUGUUCAAAUUUAUAA